AUGCAGGCCACCUCUUCGUUCCCUCUCUCCUCCACCAACGACUCUCUGGAGGAUCUCCAAGGCAGUGGCACAGGACGCAACACUCCCAGUCUCUCCAAUCCACUCUCAUCCCUCUUCCCACCUGUAUCCUCAUCCACAGCAUACCUGGACAGCUACCAGCAGCACCAUCAGAUCCCCCAAGACCUCGACGCUCUCGCUGCCGCCUUUCCCGAGUUUGACAGCGUAAACACAAACAGCAACAACAACCAAGCACCUCUCCACAAUCUGCACUCGAACAACGCAUCGCUCGCAGGCAACGAUCUCAACUGGUUCCUCCCCUCCUCAACGAACGAGUCCAUCGCGCCUGCCGCCUCCCUCCCUGCCCCCGAUCAGUUCGACGAAGACCUCGAACGCGCACUCGCAGACCUAGGUCCUGCCCAGCUCAACUGGCUCAACACCCUCGAGACCGUCGAUUUCACCCAGCACCAGUUCUCCUACCACAGAGGCGGCACCCUCUCCCACCCCGGCGGUCCUCUCUCUGUCAUCACCGCCAGUAGCGAAAGCGCGUACAACGGAAUCGGCGACGACGGAAGAAGCGAGUCGUACUAUAAUCCUUACUCGCCCCAGGGAUCCCUCGUCAACGCGGCCAAUCCCAGUCAGCUCAAUCCCAGUCUCUACCAGGCUCUCGAAAACUUUUCUGCCGAUCUCGCUGCAUUCGGACUAGGGGAUAACAACCUCAACUCGAACCCUGCUCUCCUAAACGGUACCAGCAUCCAACCCGCUCAAACCACCGCACAAGCCACCAACGGUCCAAACCCCAUCCAACCCCCAACCGUAAACCUAGAUCUCCUCAUGCCUUCAUCCACCGCAUCCUACUCGUCCUUUGACGACUCUGGCAACUCGGCCCGCGACACUUCCCCCAACGACCACUUGCUCCAUCACCGCCUGAGCAGCGAUGAAGGGGCCGCUGCUAUUGAAAUGGAACGCGAGUUUGGCACUUCGACCAAUUUGUUGAGUGCCGCCGCCCAAUUCGCGCAGGACGAGAGUGGCCUCAAGAUGGCCAACAGUGGAGGCGGGUCCUCUGCUGCGUCCACGUAUGGCGUUUCGGGACACCCUCUGCCCCACGUCAAUGCCCAUGCUAGUGCUGGACGUAUCCACCAUGUCGGGAAUCCCACUACGACAGGUGGUGCGCCUAAAGGUCAAAAAGGUUCGACGACCCCCACGAACGCUGCCGCUUCUGCGAGCUUUGUGCCUAACAUCGCCAUUGGCAGCUCAAACGCGAACAUUGAUCGGUUCAAUACUGGUUCGUCGGCUGGAGGUAGCUUUAUGAGGACUCAACCGUCGACCAAUGCUACCUCUUCUUCUUCGUCUGCAAAUGUCAAUACUACUCACUGGGUCGUUUCAUUCACCAUGAAACUUCUUUAUAUCUGUUCCUGGUCUUCUUACUCUUCAACUCUCAACCCCCGCACUCAUUUGUCUGCACCUACUCGUCUUGUCUCUUCUCUUUCGGGAAAGGAUAAGAUAGCGCGUCGCGCGCUGGUGCGAGGAGCAUGGGCCAAAGAGAAAAAAACCUCAAGUUUAUCAAUUGAUUUGGAAAACUCAUUUAUCUUUUUGGACAACCCCACAACUCCUCAUCGAACAAAACAAAUGGUAUUCUCCGUUCUCGCUGUCGUGCUAUACUCCGCCCCGUUCAAUCGAUUGAUUGAGCCCAGUGGUGGGUAUGGCCCAGAUAAGAACUUAAUCUUUGUGCGGGGGUUCAACCCUCCCGUCUCUCCCCAUUCGGUUUCGGACUAUCAGUUUCUGCUUGUCUGCUGA